ACGACGACGACGACGGUGGCCGUCGCCCGGCCCGCAAUAAUGCCGCACGUCAGCAGCAGCGGCGGCGGCGACGAUCUCGGUAGCGAGGACGAGGUCAAGGUUUUCAAGGAUGAGGGUGAGGACGAGAAGAGGUCCUCGGAAAACCUCACCGAAGAGAAGAGCUCCCUCAUCGACCUUACGGAGUCCGAGGAAAAGGGCUCGCUCGCCGCUGGGAGCUACGCUACGACGGGCAAGACGUCGGCCAGGUCCGACCUCAGUCCCGUUUUUGGAAAGGUGGAUCCAACGCCUCACACCUCGUCGUUCAACAUGGGCUACCUCGUUUCACCGUACCCUUACCCAAAUGGCGCUGGGGGUCCGAUUCCCGUAUCUAUGGUAAGUCCUUAGAAAAUACCUGUCUACCGUUUUCGAUAUAGAUAACCUAUAUCUAUCGUCCAUCUAUGUGGCUAGUAGGUGAAUUUUCUACCUGAAGAAUCUUUCGUAAGUUGUGUAUCUUUUCAAUCGCUCGAUAUAAUAUCGUUUGAUUAUUUUUUUUCUCAUUUGUUAUUGUUAUUGUUAACACGUUGAAUGUUUUGAGAAUCAGCAGUGUUACGAACCGGCAGCGAGUAAUUUGUUCGUGACGUUAUAGGUAACAUAGGUAACCGAGGACGCCAUGAUCGGUAGAAACGCAUUAUCAGAGUAAAUGUCAAUAUUUAUAAAUUUUUCGAUAUUAUCAUUGUUACUACUAUCAGUACCAAGAUCUCCGGUAAGAUAAAUUCAUUAAAUAUGAUUAUAUAGCUCAAGUUAUCUUCAUGAUAUUUUAUUUUAUACUUUUAAAUAAUAUGUAUCAUAUAAUGAUAGAUUCACGUUGGCACUGUUGACCGGUUAGUAUUUUAAUAUUAAUUAAUGCGACAUUCAACGUGUUAAAUACUUUUCUUUUACAAUGACUUUUUGGAUGUUGAAUUUGAUUGGACAAUUGAAUUUUUUUCGUAUCCGCGAAACUUUAGAGAAAAAAUAUAUACGCAUAUAUUUCGUUUCUCUCCAUUUUGCUAUCGUUCUUCUUUCAUUUUUGUCAGAACUUUCUCGAGAUUUUCUUGAGAAGAAGAAAAUUCGAAAUCAUAUUAAAAAAUCAAUAGAAUCCAAUUGGAAUUAAUUUUAUUCUGUUAUCGGAUAUAUUGUAUAAUGAUAUAUUACAAAUGAUCGAUAUUACAAAUCGAUUUUAAAAAAUAGAAGACAACAGACUUUACAACGAACCGGAUCUUCCUUUAUAUUUAUCUAUUAAUACAUAUAAUAAAAUUUACAUCCCCGUUACUUAUAUAAAUAUGUGUGUCGAACGUAUCUAACAUCUUUAUACGACGAACACAUCGACUUACGUAUCUACUAGUUGCAUUAUUAAAAAAAAAAAAAAAAGAAAAAAAAUAUCGUUUGAUAGUAAACGAUGCGAUACAUGUAAAUACAUUAAUUCUAUUUCACGGGUAUUCUCCUUAUCAAUGAAGGGUUUAUCUUCACGAAAUGCUUUUGAAGAGGUAAAGUCUAUCGAGGGGUUUCGUUUUACGGUCGACCGACUAGAUUCUCUGUCCCAUGGAAAAAAAAAGAAAAAAGGGGGCAUUAAGAAUAUAAUCGGUAGUGGUGAAGGGAGGUUUCGUGAGGUUGGUGGGGGUUGGGGGUUGGGGGUUGGGGGAGAUAGCCGAAACGCUAAUACGUUUCACGCAGAGCUUUGUCGAAGAGUCGAUGGACUCUUACUUAGUCGAGAUAGGUUCGUCAGGGCGUAAUAGAGAACGAGAGAACGAGAGAGAGAGAGAGAAGAGAGAGUUGCUGAGUGCCAAUGUGGAACGCGUUCGGUAAGGGUGAUUAGCCUAAUCCGUCGAUCCUCGUGGUGGACCAUACGAGGAGUAGUAUCAUGUUCGCCCCAUCGAAUCGAUCUACGUCUAUCCGCAACUUCUACCUUCGUGGGUGGUCCUCCGUUCGUCAUAAUCCUUUUAAAUAAGAUAAUGAUAAAUUCUAUCGACAGUGUAGAAUAUAUUCGUUUAAGUAAUAUCAGGUAAAAAUUGGAUGGAAUAGAACAGUAUUAGGAAGAGUAUAAUUUGUCUCAUUGUUUCGUUUUAUAUUUUGUAAUUUUAUAAAACGAAAAAAAAAAAAAGAAAAAAUAUAAACUAUAUAUGAAAUGAAUGAAAAUAAGAAACAUUACGAACUGUCCAAACGUUGUCUACGAAAAUUGUCUCAAACUAUUUUUGUUAAUAAUAAUAGAAGAGGCGUCAAGUGAAAGAUUCUCAAAGAAUUUAAUUUUAUUUAUUAUUUAAUUUUUCUCAUAUCUAUGGGUAUCACGAGGGAAAAGAACGAAUUAAUAUUUCUUACAUAUAAAUUAUAUAUAUAUAUAUAUACAUACAAAAUGCACUGAUGUAUCAAUUAAAAAAAGAAAAUUUUCGAUGAA